GCCCUUCCCUUCACUGCGCUGUCAGACGCGAGCCGAGCGCCGGCCGAAACACACAACACACUCGGGGCAGCAGGUGCAACGGACCGCGCUCAGCUCCUCGCGCAGCCCAACCGAGCCGAACAGCGCGUCGCGAACGAUCGACGGCCACCUCCACCGCCACAGACGAUUCGCGUUGGGACGACGCCGACGACGCCCCUGCUGCUGCUAUACCGGACCACCCCGACUGCUACCGGCAACUAGCUCUCGUUGUCGUGCUGCUGGUGCCAGGCGCCAGCUCGUCGUCGGCCCGCGGAGGGGCAGUGUGAAUGUGCAGCGAGUGACGCGGACGGCGCGCUCAGGGGCAGGGGACCCCUCGGGGCCUCGACCACGGUGAAGAUGGGCUCCCCGUCGGCAGGUGGGUGCCUUGCACUCGCGGCGCUGGUGAUGCAGUGCCUUCUCCUGCAGCACGUUUCGGCCCACCCGCACCCGCCGACAGCCGCGACCCCGACGCACGCAGAGACAGCCGCCACCACCUCCAGCUCCAGCCAGGACGCCGUCGCGGAGGAGGCGGGCAGGGUGCUGGGAUCGAGCGUCGUGACCUCCGUGUCGGUUAUCGCGGACGGCGAAGGCGUCGGUGGCGUUAGCAACGGCACCUCCACCAGAACUUACAACCCAGAGCCGCCGGCCAGAUCGCAGCAGGGCACCAAGAGGAAGCCGCAGCCGCAGGCCGCACAGGGGACCGUGGCGGCCCCCGCGGCGCGCCCCGCGACGGUCGCCAGCCCGGCCGGUCUCAUGUCUCCGGACAGGUACGAGUUCUACACGUUUGAUGAGACGGGCGAUCUGGUGCGACGGCACAUGACGCUUGACGAGAUCAAGAGCCUGCUGGCCGGCGGCGACGGGGACAUGGGCGACACCCCCAUCGCCACCUUCUACCACGGUCCCGUGCCCGCCCCGCCACGGGCUCCCACCCGCGCGCCCGCGCACCACCACGCGCAGGGCAUGCUCGCUGGCCUCGAGGACCCGGAGGACGCCUUGGAGGACGCGGUGAAGGGCGUGCAGGACGUGGUGAACAACGUGCAGAACGUGCUCAAGAGCCAGCUAGCCGCCAGCAAGAACAAGCUACCCGCGUACAUCCGGCCGCCUCCCGCCCAUGGCGCGCCCAACCCCGCCGAGGCCGCGGCGACCUGGGCGAUGAUCCUGCCCGGCAUCAUGGACGGUGGCCUCCCCCCGAAGCCGCCCACCCCCGUGCCGACGUUCCCGACUCCAGCCAGCCCACAGCGCCCGACCACCAUCAAGACUCACGGCAAGAAGCCCCUUACCAGCCAGAGCUCCACCACGGCAAAGAAGCCCUUGAACAAGAAGACCACCACCACGACGGCGGUGCCGGCGGCUUCCAAGGAGGAGCCGCCCGUCAGGUUCACCCUGGCUCCGACGACGGAGCAGGAUAUUGUGGACACCCUGUACACGCUGGUGAGCUCGUCGCCCGGCCUGAAGCACACCGCGUCCAACAACGCCAGCGACCUGCCACCGCUCAGGCCGCGGCCCUCGCAGCCCCCUCCGCGGCCCGCUACACCGCGCCCCCAGCGGCCGGCCACCCCGCAGCGGCCUGCAAUCACUGCUCCGCACCGAGUGGCUGCCAAGCCCCACCCGGCCAAGCCCGUCAUCACCAAGCCCGCCCCGAGCAAGACGGCCUCGAGCAAGCCCGGUGCCAGGCCUGUUCCCAAGCCCGUGACCAAACCCUUCAGGCCGGCCGAACAAGUCCAGCAGCGGCGCCCCAUCCCCCAGCAGGAUCACGCCGAGUCCAUGGUGCAGAUCGUGACUGUGCCGCGCCCCGUCACGACCACCACAAUGGCGCCCUUCGUCACCUUCAUCCCGACCGAGCUGUCCGAGACCUCCGUGACCACUGCGUCUCCCUCUUCGUCCCCGACGUCGCCCCUCACUUCGCCCACAACCUCACCACCGCCCUCGCCGGUCACCUCACAAUUAACAACUUUUGCGACCCGGAGGCCACCGGCCAUCAGCUACACGUACCGGGGCACCACGACGACCUCGACGGAGACUCCGACUUUCACCGAGACCGUGUCUUCGGCGGACCUGGAUAUGGACAGCCGCACCACAGCCGAGGAGGAGGACGCCGAAUCGACAGUGACUACCACAACGCCCGCCAGGACAUCGCCCGCCGGUACGUCACCCACCCUCACCCCAACGACAGGGUCGUCCACGAGCAGAGCUACAGAACCGCCGACCACGAGUCUUCCAACAACAACGUCCCCGACGAUAUGGACCACGAACCCUCCAACCACGACUUUUACGCCAGUCAGGGCGGUGACACGGGAUCCCCCGAACAGGAUAACGACACAGUUCGCCACUACACUACUGCCCGCCGAAGAUGAAACUACAGCGACCUCAGAACAGGCCACGGACGCCACCCCGGUUCCGGCACCAGUCACGACUGUGCCUGUUGACUCCAAGCCCCCCGUGCGUUACACGGAGAUCCUCACGCGGGUGCCAGCGUCCGCGCUCGUCACAAAGGCCGUGCCCGAGGACGACGCUGAACAGACGUCUACAAUCAUAAGCACGCUGCCGACGACCGAGCGCGACGAGGUGAACGCUUUGACCACUGCAUUCAGCAAGGCAUCCGACGACACCACUGAGGUCGCCGAGGAUGAGGAUAGUGACAGUGCGGAGCAGGUGUCGGAGGAGAGUAUCGAUGACAGCGCAGAAACAGAGGGCACCACCAAGUUGUACCUCAAGAUCUCUAGUUCCGAGAACAACGGUUUCCUGUUCUCGUCGUCUACGACGGAGGCCUCUGCGGCGGAUAUGGUGACGCCAACGAUGGAGGUGGAGACAAAGCCCACUGCCGUAACCUCGUCGGAAACCUUCGUGACAGACCAAUCCGCUGCCAGCACAGAGCAUCGCGGCACCACGGCCUCGUUGCCUGCUUCCAGCGAAGAGGCCGAGUCGAGGACCGAGUCCGACUUGGAAACGACUGUAGACGAAGAGACAAGUGCGUUACUGACAACGAAGACGCCAUUAACCACCGAAACGGAAGCGUACACCACGAACCAGCCAACGUCCACGGCAGUUCCGACGACAACAUCCACUGCAGCUCCCACGACAACAUCCACGGCCGUACCAACUACAACAUCUGCGGCACUCACCUCACAAUCUACAGCAGGACCAACUUCCACAUCAACAAAGGCUGCUUCGCAGUCCCCGACCCAAUACUCAGCAGCGUCAACAACCCGAACGACAACAUUGACCACCCGCACGACCCCGUUGACCACCCCCUCCGAGCUCAGCUUGGAGAGUAGCAACAUCCUGACCAGCCAGGUGGACGCCCCCCAGACAUCCCAGGCCUCCGGCCUCAAGAUGGUCCCAACCCCUGCGACUUCAGUCCCUACAUCGCUGUCCGUGGAAGUGGACUUGAACAAGGUGGAUAAGCUAGACAACAAGGUGGACAUUGUCGAGGCCAGCAGCCCCGCCUCGCAGCCCCAGCCGCUGUGGACCCGCGUGCCGGUUGUUUCCUCGGCCGAGGACGAGGACGGCGUGAAGCCCGUGGACGGCGUGGAGGAGGCCGUCAAAGUGUACCACUCGCCGCAGCCAUCCGCCGUGGACCUGCAGGCCGCACCGCAGGAGCACCUGGGCCUGGAGGCCGCGACGGCCACCCUGGACCCCGACGUGAGGAGCUUUGUCAACCUGUGCAACGAGCUGGCGUUCCAAAUGUGGAUGGCCGUCAAGGAGCGCUCCGCAAGCACCACGUCCCGUAGCAUCGUUAUGUCGCCGUUCGCGGCCACCUCCACACUGGCCAUGGUGUUCCUGGGCGCGCGUGGACCCACCUCCGGGCAGAUGAAUGACGUCCUCCGACUCGAUGAUAUGGUAUCGUUCAACCCGCACCAGGUCAUGUGGAACGUGACUGAAGCCCUUGUACGGCCCAAGACCAAGAACACGGGUGUGGCUACAGCCGCGCUCGUUCGCGAGCUUUACAGCGACAAGAACAAAGGCAAGCUGCUCGACUUCUACAAGGAGCGCGCCCAGCAGUUCUACGAGGGCCACGUCGAGGAGAUCACGUUCCGGAACAGCGGCGACCUGGUGCGCCGCAAGACCAACCUGCUCGUGAAGCGGCAGACCCGCGGCCGCGUGCAGGAGUACAUGCGCGGCGCGAGCCUCGCUCUGCGGGGACCUCUCGCCGCCUUCGGAGCCAACAUAUUCGAGACCUUAUUCCGCUCAAAGAUUGAAAACAUCGAGUUUUUGUCUUCGUGGCGUGGACUUUCCUUCUGGCCUUGCGCGAUGGGACCAGUCCAAGAUGAUGACUUGCUGGAGUUCCUUCAUACUUCGUGCAUAUAG